UCAUCAUCAUCCUCCUCCUCCUCAUCAUCAUCACCAUCUUCCUCCUCCUCAUCAUCCUCAUCAUCGUCCUCUGAACCCGGCACGGCAUCAUCAUCGUCAUCCUCAUCAUCAUCAUCCCCAUCAUCAUUCUCUGAGCCCGCCCAGCAUGGGGCCAGACCCACCUUCCUCAUCAUCAUCAUCCUCCUCCUCAUCCUCAUCAUCAUCGUCAUCGUCCUCCGAGUCCUCCUGCUG